AUCUUCAGGUAUAUGUUAUACGUGAGAUAUUUUCAAUUAUUUGUAAUAAUGAAUUGUGUAAAAUUAUAUAAAAUUUUGUUGCUACUACAAUGAAAUAAUUUUUGCAUGAACUUUGAAAUGAUACUGACAGAAUGAUUUAGUAAACAGCAUCAAGUUACAAUAUAUAUGACAAAAUAUAGCUAACAUGGGUAUAACUACAAAGAACAAAACUAAAAUACAUGUAUAUUGAAAAUGUAAUGAAUGCCGUGCAAAAGUAAUUUCUGUUGUUUCAGUUUUUUAUUUUUAUAUUCUCAAAUUCCAGCAUCGUGUUAACCCAUUUUGCAAUUCUAACUUGCUAAGCGCUGAUAUUAUAUUUUUGAAGGAUCAAAUUUCUCAAGACUUGGAAGAAAUAGCAGAUUAUAUUCUUGUAUGAUAACAAUAUUUUGAUGGUGGUAUAUGUUAUAUAAUAACUCUUGUAUAAGUAUGGCAGCCUUUGCAGGAAUGUGUGACGGAGGUUCUGCCGAAGAUGGAUGUCUUGCAGCAUCUCGAGAUGACACAACCAUUAACGCAUUAGAUCUGUUACACGAGAAUAAUUACGACACUGGUAGAGCGCUUCAAGCUCUUGUAAAAAAUCCAAUUCCUUUGGGUAUAGAAAAGAAAUGGACUGAAGAAGAACAGAAAAAAUUCGUGAAAGGAUUACGCCAGUAUGGAAAGAAUUUUUUUAAAAUCCGCAAAGAAUUGCUACCGACAAAAGAAACUGGUGAUCUUGUCGAGUUUUAUUAUUUGUGGAAAAAGACGCCAGCGGCCGCCACAUCACGACCUCAUCGACGGCACAGACGACAAACUGUACUAAGGCGAAUACGCACGUGCACGAAACAAAAUAGACCGACUUCUAAUGAUUAUCUGGAUUUAAGUUCAGCUAGUGAAGAAGCAGAUUCGGAUGAUUCUGAUUCCAGAGACUUAAGUGGAUAUGCUUGUCAUCAUUGCUAUACUACAACUUCUAAAGAUUGGCAUCACGCUGGAAAAGAUCACGCUUUGUUAUGUACAGAAUGUAGGCUAUUUUUCAAAAAGUAUGGUGAACAACGUCCUCUCUCGGAGCCUAGAGAACCUCCUCCUUUCAUGUUUAAACCCGUAAAAGAAGAAGAAAAUAAUAAUUCAGUCAAUGGUAAACAUGUUAUGAGAACCAGAAGAAGUAAAGAGUCACAAAAGACAAAAUCAAGAGGAGUGAGUAGUCCCUUCAAUUCAGAUACUCACAGUACAAGAAGUGUUCAGAAAUCACCUGGUGUUACUGCAGUUGGCAAUGGUGAUAAACAUGAAGAUAAGAAGAAAAAGAAAAUUACAAGGGAAAGUCCAGCGAAAGGUAAAAAACGAGCACGGGAAGAAAAGAAUACACCGGAAUGUGAAGAAGAAAAAAGUUCUCAGAGGAAACGUUGCACAAGCGACCAACCAACCAGUCCAUCAGAAUCUAUCACGACCGAAAGCAGCAGUAUUUCAAAUGAAGAGAAUGGGCACGAAGGUGAUAAUGAAGAACAAGAAGGUGAUGGACUUAGUUCUCCAUGCUCACCUCUUGAUCCCUCUUUACCUCCACCCUUUCCUUCGACAGCUGAGUGCACAAACGAAAAAUCUGAAAAUGAUGCUCAAAAAUUAUCAGACAGUACUACAAAUUCAUCUAUACCAAAAGAUACAUUUGUUCAGCCUCUUCCUCCAGACAGCAUUGUUCCAUUAGUGCAACAAAUAAAAACAGAACAAGCAGAGACAGUAAGUACUGUUUGUCAGUUACAGGACACAAAUUCAAGUAAAGAUGAGGAUGUGACUCAACCCACGGUACAAAAUAAUGAAUGCACCAUGAACACAGAACCUAGUCUGCCUUCUGUAAUGGAAACUGUGAUAGAGAAGAGUGAUAGUCAGCCUCCCGUUGGAGAAAAUGUAAGACCACCUUCUAGAAAAGAAAGUGUGGAAAAUAAGGUUCUUCCAGUAACUGUUCUAGAUUCUGUGAAUGUAGAAAAUCUGCCAGAAAGAGGGUGUAAAGCAAUUUCAAAUUCGCCCACUGCUUUAGAUUGUGUGAUUAGAAGCAAUGUGUCUACUCCAACAUCAGUGGAGUGUUUGAAACAAACCAAAACACCACCAAUUGCAGUAGAAAGCACAACAAAAGGACAGACUCCUAUUGCAAAUGGUGGCAUAAAAGAUCUUAGUGUGCUUCCAUCUAUAUCAGAAAAUACAGUUAAAAGUUCAAAACCAUUGCCUGUUUCAAUUGAUAGUAUUGUGAAAGUAACAAAAAAUUCUCCAGAACCAGCAGAUAGCAUAAUGAAGAAUAGUGUUAUUCCAUCUGUUGAUAAUAUGUUCAUAUCACAACCAGCACCAAUGGAUAACAGAAUUAAGAACAAUUUACCUGUUCAAAACGCUGUGGAAAAUAUUUAUGUAAAUUCCGCUCUAGAUAAUCGAAUAAAAAGUAACUUAGGACCUAUAACGCCCAUAGAUAAUGUGUUCUUAGCAUCAUCUAAUCCCAUGGAAAAUAGAAUUAAAACUGCUUUACCAUCAUCAUCAUCUACAGAAAAUGCUUUUCCAGUAACAACUACUUUGACAGACACUAAAGUAAAAAGUAGUAAUUUAACUCUCUCUACUUCAACAUGCAGUGCUUUUGAAGGUAAUGUUACGUCAUCUGUAGUGCCUUUAAACCCAAUGGUGAAAGUGAAGGAAGAAGUAAGAUCUACCUCUUCCCCACAUCACUCGCCUUCUUCCCCACUUUCUGGGCAGCCGGUAUGUCUCACUUUUUCGCCUCAUAAAUCUAAAUCAACAGUUAUGGAGCAGGCUCCAACACUCAGGGAAAAUGAACAAGUAACACUUUUUGCUUCACCAUCAUCACAUAAAUAUCCAGGACCUUCUCCUCAUAAUAUAAAAGUGGAGCCACCAGAACCUUGUCUUUCAAAUAUUUCUUCACAUUUUCCAAGUUUUCAAGCACCUUCAGUCUCGUCACCUUCAAAUCUUAAUUUAGAUAAUCUUAGUUCUAAUAACAACAUUCAUCCGUUGAAUCGAACUGAUAAAUCUGGUUCGCCUCAUUCUUCAAAUAUGACAAAACAGUCGUAUUCACCAUAUGCUUUCCAUCAUCCUUAUGCCUCACAUAUUUAUCCAUCUAGUGGUCUCCAGCAUCAUUUUGCCUAUUCACAACAGCCUGUAUCAUCAUCAGAAAAUCCAGUGUCUUCCUCUUCCAAUAAAAUAGCAACAUCCCUUUCUAUAACACAACCCUUAACUUCAACCGCAGUCACUCAAUCUUCCAAACAUGUGUUAUCAAGUUCUUUAUCUUCUACCCAAAUUUCUGCCUCCCAGUCACAAGUUCCACCAACUAUUCAUCCAUCACAAACUCAUGCAUCAAAAUCAAUAGUAUCAGGGAUUGCUGGCAAACGUGAUAGUGAUAGUGGAGUAGUCCACCACGCACCCCCAGUACAUCAUGGUGGCAAUGAAGAAGAUGAAGAACAAGAAUCAUUUUCAGUUACUCGUGGUCCUAGUCCAGAACCAAAGGUGGAAGAUACAGAAUGCCAUCGUAGUCAAUCGGCCAUAUUUUUACGGCAUUGGAAUCGUGGUGACUGUAAUUCUUGUGCAAGAACUGACCUCACUUUCAAACCCGUUCCUGAUUCUUGCUUGGCAAGAAAGCGAGAGGAACGGGCAAGAAAAGCUGCCGAGAAAGAAAGGGAGGAAAAUAAAGCGAAACUUGGGGUCUCGGAAAGGGGUAUUGGCCUGGAUUGUAAGUCUGGUUCCAUCUCACACGGUGAUAAUCAUCUCAGUCCGUUCGAUCGCAUCCCUCCUCGUAGCUGUCACGAUACCCCGGCAUUAAGGCAGUUGAGCGAAUAUGCACGACCGCAUGCUACGUUUUCACCAUGCUAUACGAGAACGUCUGUCGGAGGACCUAUACCUUCCGUUGGGAACGCCGGUAUCCCAUUAGGAAUGUUACCUCACGGAAUAGAUCCUAUUCUUCAUUAUCAGUUGUCAUCAGGAAUGUACGGUGCUGCAGCAAGGGAAAGGUUUGAAUUAGAAUUAGAAAGAGAGAAAAGGGAACGUGACUUGCAGGACAAGUUAAAAGCAGAAUUUGAACUGAAAUCACGUCUUCCUCCUGGAAUGGCCGGUGCAGUAGCUGGCGGUGCAUUUGAUCCUCAUUGGUUAGAAUUGCAAAGACGCUACAGUGCAAUGCCGGGUGGACCCGCACCCAACAUGGUUGCGGGUCCAUCUUCGGGAAUACCUCCUCCCUUUGGACUCUAUCCUCCGAAUGACAGAGAACGACUAGAACGAUUAGGUAUCGCAACGUCACUUUCGGGUCCGGAAGUUGCCAUUGAUCGCCUAUCGGCAGAACGGGUACAUUCUGAACGUCUGAUGUUGGGCACAGAUCCUCUACUUCGUCUCCAAAUGGCAGGUAUCACCCCUGAACUACAUACCCAUGCUCAUACACAUGCUCAUGCCCACACUCAUCUUCAUUUACACCCACAUGAUCCUGUAUCUGUUGCAGCAGCAGCAGCUGCUGCUAUGGGAGUAUCUUCUCAUACAGGAGUUGAUCCUUCUGGCCAUCCUGCAUCUGGACCUCACCCAUUACUACCUCCUGCUGGAUAUACAGGACCACGACCAGGUAUUCUGCAAAGAUCUGAGCUGUUGCAUCCUCAAUCUGGAAUGCUGAGGCCACAAUAUGAAGAUCAACUGGCUCAUCAGUUAUCAGCUCAGUUAGCUCACCAAGAGCAGAUACAACGACAAAUGCUGUUGGAGCGCGAGCGAUAUGCUCACAUGGGUGGCAGUAUUCCUCAUCCUUCUCAAUUAAUCCCUCAACACGAGGAAUUUUUACGACACCAACAACAAAGGGAACGUGAAUUAAAGCUGAGAACUUUAGAGGAAGCUGCCAGAGGUGGAAGACCACCAUUGAAUUAACAUUAAGGGACCUGUUUAGAAAGAUUUAGUGCAUUAUUUUAUCUGUGAAUGGACGAGAGAGAGAGAGAGCCUGAUAAAUAGAAGAAAAUUAAUAAUAAUAUUUAAAAAAAAAAUAUAUAUCUAUUAUUUCUUAACCUUUAUCCAAGGUAAAGGGUGAUAUUUAAACAUCAUUGGGUUUUUUUUUUUUUUUAAUUUUUGUUUCUAUUUAUUUGUUAUUACAAUGAACUAGAGAAGACAACUAAAAGCUACUACUACUACCAUUAUUAUCACUCAUUUGCUGCACAAUACAAAAACUUUACUUACUGUAAGUGGAAUUAUUUUAAAGGAAGAAAAGUGUAUAUUUUAUGCUGUCCGCGCGUCAAAGUCACGUUUAGUUUUUAGUAACAUAAAAAUAGAAAGAUUAAGUAAAUAAUCAAUUCUGAUGUGAUUGAAAAGCAGACAUUUCCGUUGGAAAAAAGGGGAGAAAAUAUGCAACAUUAUUCUUCUUCUUCUUCACCGAGAAUUGGUUUUUCGAAGAUAAUUAGUGUGAUAUAUGUACUUUAUAUCUCAGGUAAAAUAUAUAUAUUAAAAAAUAUAUAUAUGCCCUCUUUCCAAAUUAACAAAGAAGCAAAACCCCCCACACACACAAACACACAGGAAAUUUGUAGUAAGAAAGUACUUACUGCACAAAAUUUGAUUCUCUGUUUUCCUAUAUAAUUUCCUAAGGAGAUGCAUGGAAAUUUCUGCUCUUUCAAAGAAUAAAAAAAAAAAAAACAAAGGAAUUUAUCAUAUCUUUAUAUAUAUAUAUAUAUGCAUUUAUUUGCUUAUAUUUAGGAAAAAUACAUAGUGCAAUGUAUUAUAUUCUUGUAUUUUCCUUUGUUUUAAUUAAUUAUCCCCCUUCCCCUGUUGUACAGUAUAGUUAACAAAACCAAGGUAGAAUUUAUGAAGUUAAUUUUCAGGAAUGUUUUAUAUAUAAAAGGGAAAAAAAAAGGCCUUUCUUCUACACCACUCUUGUGUUAAUUGCUUUUUACUCGAAAAUGACAAGAUGUAUUAUGGCCAAACAAUAAAAAAAAAACACUCUUGAAGAGAGAGAGAGAGAGAGUCAGUGAAGUUGCACAGAUUUGAUGUUUGAGCAUUCUUGCCUUAGAACCUUGUUGAAAAUAAAAAAAAGAAAAAAAACACACACACAAACAAACAAAAAAAAAAGGAUAUUCUCUGUGAGUUAGCGAGUUGUACUGUAUACAAAUGUGAGUAUUGAGUAUAUAGUGUUGUUUGUCAAAAGGAUUUUUACUGCCACUGAACGGGAGGGUGGUCGUAGUCAUUGCUUUGCACAAUAGGAAACAGUAUGCACCUCAAAAAAA